AUGUUUUUUUCCGUUCUUUCUUUUUGUUCGUGUUUUCAUUUCCCUCUUCUUUUCUAAAAGCUUUUGCAUAAAUACAAUUUUUAUUUAAUUUUUCUCUCAGUAUAUUUUUUUUAUUCGAUUUCUAUAUUUUCUUUUUCUUUUUAAAUUUUACCGAGAAAAAGAGAGAGAGAGAGAGAGAGAGAGAGGGGACGGCGAGGAAUGAUCGAGAGGUCGAUGCUACACCGAUCUCCUAAACCUUUCGUCUCGCUCUUUGGGUUUCGAUCUCAAACCCUAACAGUAACGUUAUCGGAAGGAUUAAUUUACCUGUCGGAGUUAGUCGGUCGGCGGUGAGUUUCUUUUUUUUUUUUUUUUUCCUCGAUUUGAUCGAUCUGUUUGGAAUCGGAGAUCUUUUUGGAGUUUUGGCGGAUCUGAGAUUGAUUUGAGGAUUGAAUAAAACGAUGCCGUCUCACGCGGAUCUGGACCGUCAGAUCGAACAUCUGAUGGAGUGCAAGCCGUUGCCGGAGGGAGAGGUUAAGACGCUAUGCGAGCAAGCCAGGGCGAUUCUGGUGGAGGAGUGGAAUGUACAGCCGGUGAAAUGCCCCGUGACGGUGUGCGGUGAUAUUCAUGGCCAGUUCUACGAUCUCAUUGAGCUGUUUCGGAUAGGAGGGAAUGCUCCUGAUACCAAUUACCUUUUCAUGGGUGAUUAUGUAGAUCGCGGAUACUAUUCAGUGGAGACUGUCACACUUCUGGUGGCGUUGAAAGUCCGUUAUAGGGAUAGAAUUACAAUCCUUAGAGGAAAUCAUGAAAGUCGACAAAUUACUCAAGUGUAUGGUUUUUAUGAUGAAUGCUUACGAAAAUAUGGAAAUGCUAAUGUUUGGAAGUAUUUCACCGACUUAUUUGAUUAUCUACCCCUCACCGCCCUUAUUGAGAGUCAGAUCUUCUGUUUGCAUGGAGGCCUUUCACCUUCUUUGGAUACUUUGGAUAACAUCCGAGCUUUGGAUCGAAUACAGGAGGUUCCACAUGAAGGACCAAUGUGCGAUCUUUUGUGGUCCGAUCCAGAUGAUCGCUGCGGGUGGGGAAUAUCCCCACGUGGUGCUGGUUAUACUUUUGGACAGGAUAUAGCUGCUCAGUUUAACCAUACCAAUGGACUUUCUCUGAUUUCAAGAGCUCACCAGCUUGUCAUGGAAGGAUAUAAUUGGUGUCAGGAAAAGAAUGUAGUGACUGUAUUUAGUGCUCCGAACUAUUGUUAUCGGUGUGGGAAUAUGGCUGCAAUACUGGAAAUUGGAGAGAAUAUGGACCAGAACUUUCUGCAAUUUGAUCCAGCCCCACGGCAAAUAGAACCUGACAAUACACGCAAGACGCCCGAUUAUUUUUUGUAAUUUCCAUAUAUCUGCCAGCUGUUUGUAAACCUUGUUUUCUGCUGUAAUACUGUAGAUGUGUCUUUAAAAGAGGAGUUCGGUUGUUUAAGUUGAGGGUUUAUCAUCAACAUCAUUCUUUUGUUUGGAGUUUUUGUCCUGCUGCUGCUUUGUUGAUUUGCUCUGGAAACUCAAUAGGAGAACUGACAGUGGCCAGCAAUGGCAUGUUGUCUUGUAUAUUUUUGAGAAGGGGCAAUAACAUGGUGUAUCUUGUUCUGUAAUUUGCAAUAUCAACAUGGAAAGCAGAUUUUUUGGAA